CCUUUUCUUCUUCUUCUUCUUCAUUUCCACAUGUUUUUCUCUUUCUUUAAACCUUCUUUCCUCUUAUAUAUAUCCAGAUUCCAUUAAUAUCUGGGUUUGGCUCGAAAGAAGAAAUGGGUAAGCUUAUUGGAGAGAAGGCUCUUGAACAGUACCAUGGUCAUCAUCAUCAUAAUCAGCAUGGCUGCUACUAUAAUUACAGCCUGGAAGAGAAAGUUUCAGAGUUUCUGGACAACAACAAUUUUGCUGAAUCCGAUGCUUGUCUUAACCAAGAAACUAUUGAUGGCUAUGGAUCAGAUGGUAAUGAAUCCAAUGACCCUAUUGAACGUACCCUUUACUGGGAAUCCCAGGAGGCUUUGCUUCAGGAAAUUCUAGAGCGUUAUGUGUUGACAGGUUCCAAGUUACGACAAGAAAUUUGUCGAAUCAUAGAGGUAGCAAGAGAGACAGACUUUUGCAGCUGCACCAAGCCAAGCAUCGAUGGUUGCACCAACUGCUUGCGAAAGAGAGUAAUCAGUCUGCUUUGUGAUAGAGGACUUAAUGCCUCUCUCUGUGUUUCUAAGUGGAAACACACCAAAAAGUAUCCCGGAGGGACACAUGAAUACAUUGAGGUGAUUGCUAGCACACAGGGGAAGAAGAAGCAAGUCCCGUUUGUGAUCGAAUUGGAGUUCCGAGACCAAUUCGAGAUUGCGAAAGCGUGCGAUGAGUACAGCAAGCUUGUAGAGCAAUUACCCAAGUGUUACGUAGGCAAAGCUGAUUACCUGAACGCCAUGGUUGGUGUCAUGUGCGAUGCAGCCAAAAGGUCAAUGGAGGAGAAGAACCUCCACAUGGGUCCAUGGAGGAAGAGAAGCUUCAUGCAGAUGAAAUGGUCAAAUUCUUCUGAGCCACGCUCUGCUGAAUGGAACCCUCCCUUCCAAGUUUUGUUAAGCUCUCGUGCAUGCAAGUGCAUCAAUCUUGCUUCAACCUCUUAGCAGCUCCUGGUAAUUUUGUUACGGCCGACAGGUGAGAUAAUAGGCAAGACCCCAUGGUAGAGAGUCCAGACGGGGAGCCAAUUUUUGUAUCCUGAGGAAAAAUUGAGUGUCAGGUUAGGGUCAACAUAGAGUGUAUGAACAUAUGUAAAGUGCAGAAUUCAUAGCAGUUUGAUUCACAGUAAAUGUAUGAACUUGCAUGGAUCAUCCAAAUUGAUGCCUUCUUUAAUGUUAAAA